UGUUUUGAUCCCCUGAUGAUCGUCGCUUGUCGAGAUGUGACCCUAACGCAAUCUGCAGAAACCGUUGCUUGCUGCUACACAUUUGGUGGGAAGGAACGGAAAGUCCGGGUCAGUGUUGUGGACGAAAGCAGGCGGCUGUUUACAGCUCUCCUGACGAAAGCGUUUUUACAUUCUAUCGGGGCAGCCAUGGAUUAUGAUUUUGAAGCCCCCACAUAUGUCAACUUUGCCGAAGCUAUGGAUGAAGAUGAAUCAGAAGUCUCCAGAUACUUCGAUGUUGAGCAUGAAGAGUCCUUUUCUCGUCUGAAGGGCACUCCAGGGGUCGUUCUUCCCGGUGGACUGCGUGCAUCAGCGAAAAAGGCAUCAGUUGGAUCUGCUUCUUCUGACAUGAAUGAUUCGAAGAGGCGAACCAGUCAGCAAGGCACUACUUCAGCGAAGCCAAGUAGCAGGACCACUACACCAGCAAAAAGGAGAUCUUCUUUAAGACAGAGGACCUCCACAGUGAAAACACCAAGCAAGUUAAAGACCCCAGCAAGUGUGAAACGUCUUGGCCGAGGCAAGGUUUCUACUACCACCCCAGGGAAAGUUGUUGCUGCUUUAACUGCGUUAAAACUGACUCCAGCACACAAAGUGGCAGUUACACCUGGUAGUGCUAAGCGAAAGCAGAAUACUGAUGACCAGCAGUCAUCACCUUCGAAACGAGCCAAACUUACUCCCAAGACCAACACUGUUGCAGCAACAAGUAUGGAAGUUUCACCUCCUGCUUUAAAUGUCAAUGGUCUUCUUCAGCAAGCUAUUAAAACACUUAAUGAUUCAACCCGGAAAGGAAAGCGAAAUGUAACCGGGCAGUUAGUCUCUCUGGUUGAUGGUAUUGAAGUGCCCUGCCUUCCAGACAAAGAGCACAACAUGGAAACAAGAGCAGACAAAGCAGCACGUGAUCCGCCAAUUCAAUUAAGAUCAAGAUCUAUUGUGAAAACUUUGACCGAGAAGGAAGGUGCAGCCCGACCUAGGCCAAGGCCUCAGUCAAGUGACAGAUUGGUAUUGCCUUGCAAGGAUUUCAAGUCCAGAUCAAAGUCGAUAGAUCGUCUGGUUCAUAAACCAAUUAAAGCAGCAGAACCCUUCAUAAGUCUUGCAGAGGCAACAAGUCGUUUCCAAAAUAAGACCCCUCUUCGGUUCAGAGUCAAGCGCCGUGAUUCGCCUGCAAAUAAAGUGAAAGGGCCUAUUUUGGCUUUGAGAGCCACUAUUCCGCAAUCCCCUGCAUUGAGAGUCAAACAUCGCAACAGACCUGUCACAGCAUUGUCGAGGGAGGAGCAAGAAGCCAUUGAACUUGAAGAAUUGCGCAAGAACAAAAUAAAGCCAGUUCCAUUGCCUGACAAAAUACUGAAGAGCGUUCAGUCAGUGCCAAGGUUUGAAAAGAAGCCAGCAACUCUUCCUGAGCCUUUCAAUAUAACUGAAGUGAAGAAAAGGGAGCCCAGUCCUGCACCAGAACCAGCUCGAUUCAUGGCACGCCCCAUGCCGAAGAAGAUAUUUGAAGGCCCUGUAGGACUUGCUGAGAAAAAGCAAUUCCCACUGACUGAACCCAAGUCUCCAUCAUUUUGUGCAAAUGCUUUGAAGCGUGCCAAGGAAGCUACAUCUCGUGUAACACCUUUAAAACAUAUGAACAAGAUAACAAUGAAAGUUCUAGAGGAGACUGGUGGGGUCCAGAUUUUGAGAGAGAAACCUCUGGGUCACUUGGGUGUUCCAUACACUGCUCAAACAGUUAAGACGACAACAGAGGUGAAGCCAUUUAGUUUUGAGGAAAGGGACAAAGAGAGAAUUCAAAGGAAAGAAGAAAAGCUUAAAGAGCUACAGAAACAGCUAUCAGCCAAGCCUUCCUUUCAUGCAAACCCUCUUCCAUCUUUCAAAACACCACCACGGAUUCAACGCACUGCAUCACCUGCUCCACGGUCAAGAACUCCAGUUGUACUUAAACGUGACAGCUUGCAGAAGUCUGCUGCAACCAUUCCUGAUUCUAAGCCUGCUUUGAUCUCGAAUUUCAAGGCUCGUGCUCCUACUGUUCUUCAUAGGAAGCCAUUUGAGCCCGUUAAACCGAAAAGACAACUCCCAUUGCCAGAUGUCACUUUAGCUUCAGAGAUCCGCGCCAAAGAUAGGGAGGUAUAUGAUCGUCAACUGAUGCAGAGGGAGCAAGAAAUGGAGGCUGCAAGGCAACAGUUAAAGGCUGAGAAAGAAAAAAGAGAAAUGGAAGAAAUUGCUCUUUUAAGAAAGCAGGUUGUUCACAAACCCAAUCCUGCGCCAAAAGUAAAACCCUUUGAACCUCAGCCCAGCAACAAACCUCUAACAGAUCCCAACACUCCAUUCUGCCUCAAGCGAUCCAGAAAGGUUAAUGCUGUAUGAGGAAAUUGCAAUCUGUGGCCCAACAUUCAGUUCUGGACCACUGCAUUUGUCAUUCCCGCUUAAGGUUUGUGAGAAGUAUAAAUAUAUAUUGCAGACUGUUAAUUUGCACUUGAUGUCUCAAUUAGAUCUAAAGAUAGUUCUUGGUGUUAAAAUAGACAGCUUUUAUUCAUGGAGAAUGUAUAUUAGCUUUAGUGCCUUUAUAUUUGUAAGUUAAUUGUAAGUGAAUUUUUUCACUGACCACUUUUGGGAUGAAUAUCCUGUUGUGAUUGGUCACAAUUUAAUUACUUAAGGACUCAUUAUGGACUUUUACUCUGGAAGGAUUUUAUUUAAAGAAUAACUUUUUGAAGAGAAUAUAAUCAUUCCGUUCUCUAACUUUAUGUCAUAUGUGUGCAUACACACCUUUUAAAAGUAAACUUUUAAUACACUAGAUGUUUGUGAUUUUGUAAAAGCAUGUGAGAUGAACAUAAAAGAAAUAAAAGCUUUAUAAAUACCUGAA